AUGGAGCCGGCCGCAAAACAAGGCGAGCACCGGGCAAAACUGAUCUUUCGCUACUACGACGCCGACGGGGCCGGGAAGCUGAACGAGGAGAAGGUGAAGGCGCUGGUAGCCGACUUGGGCGACGGGGGCGCCGAGCUGGGUAAAACGGUGGGCGAAGCAUCCGAGAAAGACUUUGCCGCGGCGGUGGGCAAGAGUGAGGCGGCUGGGAAGCUGUGUCGCCUGCCGAAGCCGAUCUUUGCGGAGAUCAGUCGCGCCCUGGCGAUGCAGCACUUGAAGCGGUACGACACGGCGAAGAAGGGCGGAGGCAGUGUGGCGGCCGCGUUGGCCAACGUCCUCCCCAAACGAGCCCACAAGGGCGUCUGCCCCACCUGUGUGGAGAAAAAGUUUGAACUUGCCGCCCACCUGGUGACGGUCGAUCUGAGCGGGAAGGUGACGCCCAAGCGACUGGCCGCCGUAAAGCCGCCGGCCAAGGGCAAGGGAGAAGGUGGUCCGACGGCGGGGCAGUACUCCGCCGAAGUGGUCUUUCGUCCGUACUCUGUGGGCAACGUCAUGCUGCGCCUCAUUCGCCAGCUGGCCAAGGCGAAGGGCACGGUGGCGGAGCCGAAGGCGCUGCUGAUGGGCGACCGCAAGGAGGACUUUUGGAAGUUGAUCCUCCGCCUCUACCGAGACCUACUGAUCCUCCUCGAGGCGGAGACCAAGUGCCAGAAGGCAUACUCGCCCUGCUACGUCAUCGGUGACAUUCACGGCAACAUCGAGGACCUGCUGCAGAUGGAGCGCACCCUUUGGCCGCUGGCGCCGGUGAUGGGCGCCGGGUGUCUCUUUCUGGGCGACUACGUCGACCGCGGCGUCUGGUCGCUAGAGUGCACGCUGUACAUUGCCGCGCUGAAGCUGCUCGCCCCCAAUCGGAUCACCAUGCUGCGGGGCAACCACGAGGAGCGCACCACGCAGAAGCACUACAGCUACCUAAAAGAGUGCGUGCAAAAGUACGGCGAGGAGAUGGGCCUAAAGGUCUGGGAGCUCACAAACCGCAUCUACGACCAGCUGCCCGUCUGCGGCCUGGUCGACGACGCCAUCUACUGCGCCCACGGCGGCCUGCCCAAAUCGGCAAAAACUGUCGAGCAGAUCGUCGAGGUGAAGCGAGACAUUCGCAACCCCGAGAAGGAGUCGGACAUCGCCUGGGAGAUCCUCUGGUCCGAUCCGGCGAAUGAGCAGGAGUUUGUGGACACCUGCGAGCAGAAAGGGGUGGAUCCAAAGACUUCUGGCGGUUUCGUCUUCAACACCAAACGCGGCACUGCCUUCAAGUUCAAUGAGGCCGGGGCAGACAGCUUUUUGAAGGCCAACGGCCUGACGCACAUCAUUCGCGCUCAUGAGGUGGCACCGCCUGGCUACGUCUUUCACUUUAUCAACAAAUGCGUCACCAUUUUCAG